CAGUUGCAGGCUGGUAUAGGAGCAGCGAUUCAUUAGAUAUCCUGAACUGAAAUUAUUUGAGGUUUCAAGGCUAAUUGUCAACACAGAACUGUGUCUAGAAAUGAAUCAACAAAAAGUGCAGCUGGAGUAGAAUAUGUAUAACAUACUCCCAUGGGCAUGUAUCCUAUUUGCAUCCUUGUCACAUUGUAGACCAGGUGAAAUUUUGGGAAGGAAGAUCCUUCAGUAGAUACAGAGAAAACCAGAUGGUUGGGGAAAUCAGCCUAAUUCUAGGCUCUGGUGCAUAAAGCUAAGGUGCACACAUAUGCUAACAAUCUGGAGUGAUGUAGGAUGGGGCAGUGAGGCUGAAAUGAUUAGGUAGUUGAGAUCAUGUAAAUCAGAGUCCCUAAGACUCCUGAAGGGUGUGGGAGAGAAAUGCUUGAGGGGGGUGAGUUGUGAGGACAAAUAUGUUUUUUGAGAGAGAUGUCCUUACAAGGGCAGCACAGUUAGGGUGAUGUAUGCUCAUAGUAAUGAUGGGGAGGACGAUUAGGGGUGAAAAUAUAUUCACUCUAUAGUGCUUUGUGUUCUUUCUCUAAAGGUCCACAGCUUUGGUAGACAUUACCAACGUAAUAGGAAUUUCAGUCUUUCUCUAGGUGACUAGCGAAACUUGUACUAGCUAGUUUGGAUUUCAACCAAAUAUUAUGUAGCUGAUGUUUGGAGCAUGUUACAAUUCCUGGGUCUUAGUAGUUGAAGGAAAACUAUGUUUUCGAAAAGAAACUAAAGCAGUCAGGCAAAUUAAUGAUAUUCUUCGUGACUGGGGUAGCAAAGAAAUCAAGGUGUAUUUCAGUAGUGUGAACUCAGAUGGCACUGGUCCAACAGUCACAAAUGGAAACAAACUGAUAAGAGGCACCGUUUUUUUAUUUCUGCCAAAAGGAGCCUUCCUAGGGUGACCACCAUUUGAUUUCAUCAACAUUGGACUGGCCUUAGGAAGAAUGGAGCUCCCCUGUUUUAAGAAAAAAAAAAAUAGAAGGAACUAAAGAAUAUCAUACAUGGCAUGACUACAGUACAAAGAGGAAAUGACUCCCAGGUGGUGCCUUCAAUAGCUGUUCCAAGUGGAACCAAAGAGAUUUUGAAAACUCCUUCCCAGAGCCACUUCAUAUGUAAAAGAGGGCAGUAUUGAGAUGGGUACAGAGCCUACAGCUAUUUGGAGAGUAGAUUCUUUUUGUAACACUGAAAUUAUUUCAGUAUGUUCCUAGAGAUUGGUUUAAUCAUGCAUUGGGAAAUCACUUUGGGCUAGCAAAUGCAUACAUAAUUACAUUAGCAUUUUGUGUAUCUUAGGUUUAUUGAAUAUUUGCAGUUCUGCUUAACGGGAUAGUCCUAGAUUUAACCUUGCAUGCAUGUCUAUCAGGGGAUUUUAACAAGAUUACUUUACUUUUUUCUUGACUUCUGUAAGAAUUUGUCCAAGUGACCACCUUUUUCUUUUGUCAGCUCUCAGGAGUCUACAAUGCCUGCCCUAGUUCUGAGCACUCUGCUAACAAAAAUAUGGAAUACAGGUCUGGGUUAGAAGCAGUGCAUACCUAGGAAUGCACAGACUGCCAUAAACCCUUUAUGGGAAAAGCUGUGAAUAUCUCUAGGGGUCUACAUGAUUCAUUUGUUUGUGCAUCACCAGUGGCUAUAUUGUUCCCUAGAGCAGCGGUUUCCAAACUAUUUCAGUCAUGGAACCUUUCUGUAGACUUUUUUUUUCCCACGGAACCCUAACUCUACCCCUAAUUUUUACUAAGCAUUGUGCUGCUAUUGCCUGAGUACUUUGCAUAAUGCAGUAGGUUUGGAAAUAAAGAGAAAACAUUUUAAACAAAUGAAUAAAGCAAUUAUAUGGUAAUAUCCCAAAUGAAUUUUUUCGCUAAUUCCCAGAACUAUGCAAUAGAGUCUUAGGAAUCAAAUGACGUGAUCCAUUUUCUUGUUCAUUGCUUCGACGCCAGUUGACAAUCACAUAGUUGGCCUUGAGUGGUGUCAUUUUAAGUUUGAUUUUUGAGAUUUUUCAUGGAACCCCUACAAGGCUUUUGCAGGACCCUUUGUGCUAGAACUAGUCGUGGCUAUUUCUAGGGAAUAAGCAAUGCAUCUUUCAGUGGCAUUCAGACCCUAGACUCCAGUGGUAACUCCUCCCCCUUCUCCAGCAGCACAGUCAAACCCUGACUUCCCAGCACCAGAUCCAUCAUCAUCAUCAUCUAAUGUUAAGCUUAAGAUUAACUCAAGAAUGUUCUAAACUUUAAGAACUGUUUCUUUCGUUUCUUACAAUAUUGUAUACCUACACACACACAUACAGAUUCUUUCUCUCUAUGCUGUACCAGUAGUUACUUUAUUAUUACUGUAUUGUUGUUAUUACAAUGCUUUAUUUUGUAUAAGAAAGAAACAGCAUUUCCAUAGAAAGGUAAAAGACAAAUAUUUGGCUUACUCAUGUGAUCCAAUUUACAUACAAAUUCAACUUAAAGAAGCCCUUAUGAAAGGAACAGAACUCAGUCUUAAUCUGUGGACUACUUGUACAUUCCAGUAAUUGGAAGGUAUAUGUCACCAUGGCCACUUUAGAUAUUUCCAAGAACAGAAUUAAUUGGCAUCUAAGCUGGGUUUAUUCACCCAGCAUGGUGAGACUUAUAGGAAAACAUGUAAAAUUGGAUUGUACUGGUAUCAGCUUCUCUAAAUCCAUUGGAAAAGAGAUGGACAAGAACCGAAAUAGUAUAAAUUAUCUGGGAUUAAAUUAGUUUACACCAUUAAAGUAAGUAGUUAUUACUACUGUAGCUAAGUGUUUACCUUGUCCAUUAAGUGUUGCUUGCUUAAAAAUUAAGUUAUAAAAUGUUUUUAAUAUUAGUACUGGCCAUGAACACCACUGGAAGUUUUAUGAUUUUGCAAUUACAUAAUCCAAAACACAGAAACAUCUCCCCCGCACCCCAUUUAUUCAACAGUUGGCCUGAACAAAGAGGUGGCAGAGAUAGUAAGACUUUGCAAAACAACAAGAAGUACAGGAGAAAUAGCACUGACCCAUUUUCUUUAUCCAUUGUAGAAAACUUGACUGUUACAUAUGAAUCUGCCUUUUCCUGAAUUAGGCUGCGCUACCCAAGUAUCAUCUUCUACGCUAACUAGCAGAAGCUGUUCAGAUUGGCAAGAAGGGUUCCUCCUCAGUCCUGCCUGAAAAUAUCAGAAAAUGAUCUCCUCAUGAAAAGUAUGUGCUGUACCACUGAGCUAUGGUCUCUUACCAUAACCAUGAAGUAGAAGGCACAAAAGAAAUUCAGGAGUGAUUUUUCAGGUAGCCCUCUCAAAAAGAGACUUGAGUCAUAACCAUUUGUUAUCUUCUAACUGGAGCAUUGAUUCAGGAGGUCAAAUCCUAGAAGAAGUAAAGAUGAAUUACAACGAACUAACUGACAUCCCCUAUUUUGGAGAAUUGACUUCUAACAUUACACUACUUUCCCUAGUGCAUAACACAAUCCCAGAAAUUGUCCCUGAACAGCUUCAGCUUUACAGUUCCUUGGAAAACCUUGACCUCACCUCUAAUUUAAUCUCUGAAAUCAAAGUCUCUUCAUUCCCACGGAUGCAACUGAAGUACUUGAAUCUGAGCAACAAUAGAAUCACUACUCUGGAAGCAGGUUGUUUUGAUAACUUAUCCAGUUCCCUAAUAGUUGUGAAAUUAAACAGAAACCGAAUAAGCAUGAUUCCUCCAAAGACCUUCAGGCUGCCUCAUGUACAGUUCUUGGAACUGAAAAGAAACAGAAUUAAAGUAAUAGAAAGCCUUACUUUCCAAGGCUUGGACUCCUUAAAGUCAUUAAAAAUGCAGCGCAAUGGGAUUAGCAGACUAAUGGAUGGUGCCUUCUUUGGAUUGGAUAACAUGGAAGAGCUAGAACUAGAACAGAAUAACCUGACAGAAGUAAACAAGGGCUGGCUUUAUGGUUUGAGGACAUUACAACAGCUCUAUGUCAGUCAGAAUGCCAUUCAUAGGAUUGGACCAGAUGCAUGGGAGUUCUGUCAAAGGCUUUCUGAACUAGAUCUGUCUUACAACCAGCUCACCCGUCUAGAUGAGUUUGCUUUUGUUGGACUGAGUUUACUAGAGAGAUUAAAUCUGAGUGACAACAGAGUCAGUCACAUUGCUGAUGGUGUCUUUAAGGGACUUUCAAAUCUACAAACCUUGGAUCUGCGAAAUAAUGAGAUCUCCUGGGCCAUAGAAGACUCAAAUGAAGCAUUUGUAGGACUUGAUAGACUCAAUAAAUUGAUACUUCAAGGAAACCAGAUUAAAUCAGUCACUAAAAAAGCAUUUGCUGGUCUUCAGGCUCUUGAAUAUCUAGAUUUGAAAAACAAUGCUAUAAUGUCUAUUCAAGAAGGAGCUUUCUCCCAGCCUCUUCUUAAAAAUCUGGGGAUCAACACUAGCAGUUUACUGUGUGACUGUCAGUUGAAAUGGCUGCGCCACUGGUUUAUGCACAGCCACUUAAAGGAUAGUGUCAGUGUCAUUUGUGCUCAUCCUGAAUGGCUGGCUGGACAGAGCAUCCUCAAUGUCAAUCUCGAAGACUUUGUUUGUGAUAACUUUCCCAAGCCACAGAUCAGAGCGCAUCCUGAGACGACCAUUGCACUGAGAGGUACCAAUGUCACUUUGACUUGCAAGGCAGUGAGCAGCAGUGAUUUGCCCAUGUCCACCACAUGGAGAAAGGACAGUGAAAUAUUGUAUGAUGCAGACAUAGAGAAUUUUGUAAGGUACCAGCAGCAAGAUGGUGAAGUUCUGGAAUACACUACUGUCCUGCAUGUUUUCAAUGUGAACUUCACUGAUGAAGGAAAAUACCAGUGUAUCAUCUCCAAUCACUUUGGCUCCAAUUACUCCAACAAGGCAAAGUUGACUGUCAAUGAAUUGCCUUCUUUUGUGAAAACUCCUAUGGAUCUAACUAUUCGAACUAGAGCCAUGGCUAAACUGGAGUGUGCUGCAGAAGGCCACCCCCCACCUCAGAUUUCCUGGCAGAAAGAUGGAGGCACAGACUUUCCUGCAGCUCGUGAAAGGCGCAUGCAUGUGAUGCCAGAGGAUGAUGUCUUUUUCAUAGCAAAUGUGAAAAUAGAAGAUAUGGGAAUCUAUAGCUGUAUGGCACAAAAUGUGGCAGGAGGUAUAUCAGCUAAUGCCACAUUAACAGUACUAGAAACACCAUCAUUUGUCAGGCCCCUAGAAGAUAGGACUGUGGCCCAAGGUGAAACAGCAGUGCUGCAGUGCAUUGCCAGUGGCAGCCCUCCCCCUCGUCUAAACUGGACCAAAGAUGAUGGGCCUUUGACAGUAACAGAACGGCAUUUCUUUGCUGCUGCCAAUCAGCUCCUUAUCAUUGUAGAUGCUGGAUUAGAGGAUGCUGGGAAGUACACUUGCAUCAUGUCCAAUACACUUGGUACAGUGCGUGGCCAUAUCUACCUAUAUGUCAUAUCCUCACCAAACUGUGACUCUUCUCAGAGUGGCAUUGGGAUUGAAGAAGAUGGCUGGACAACAGUUGGUAUUGUGAUAAUUGUCGUGGUUUGCUGUGUUGUGGGCACCUCUCUGGUUUGGGUUAUUGUCAUCUAUCAUAUGAGAAGGAAAAGUGAAGACUACAGCAUCACAAACACAGAAGAGGUAAAUUUGCCUGCUGAUAUUCCCAGUUAUUUAUCCUCCCAAGGGACUUUGUCAGAACCACAGGAAGGCUACAGUAAUUCUGAGGCAGGAAGCAAUCAACAACUUAUGCCUCCCUCCAAUGGUUAUGUGCACAAAAGUGCAGAAGGUGGCACAGCACCAUUGGUGAUCUGCUCAGAUUGCUACGACAAUGCCAACAUCUAUUCCAGAACCAGAGAGUUUUGUCCUUAUGCAUACAUCACAGAAGAUGACCCACUUGAUCAAACAUUGUCUAGCCUAAUGGUGCAGAUGUCAAAAGAGCCCUAUCCCGUGUGCCCCCAGCAUGAAGCCACUAAUUUGGAUAGUCUGUCGGGUGACAGAGACAUGUCUGUCUUCCUUAAUAGUCAGGAUCGGCUACAUGAGAGGAAACCCUGCUCUCAGCCAUGCAGUAGUGAUCCUUUUCAGCUCUCUUUAUGGGGCAUCAAUAAAGAUCUGGGGUUGUUGCAUCCUCAUUUCUCACCUCAGCCAAAGACCCAUGAAGUACCUCGAGUUCUGCGAAGUGAAGGCAUUACAGAGAGUGAACAUGAGCUGGUUAUUUCCCCCAGACCUCGCCACAGGUUACAUGAACACAACUUUGAUUUUAACAGGACUCGGAACAUACAGGAACACCAUGAAGCUACAUAAAAAUCACGAAAAUAGGAAACAUUAGCCGCAAGCUUGGAGCAGCUGACAGUAUCUUUGCUACCUCAGGUUUUGCCCCAUGGCCAAAGAUCUUCCAUGUCUGCAACAGAGAGGCUUAGUGGAUGGGACCAGUAUUUACCUCCUGCUGGCAAAGAGUGGGCAAGUAAUAACAGAGAUCCUUCUUUCUGUUAAGUUUCACUAAGUGUUACAUACUAAUGCUCAGCAUUUCUGACAAACUGACUGGUGGACAGAAUACAUGAAGUGAUAAAGAAAGGUGGAUCUGUUGCCUUCGACCACAGUCCCAUGGAAGUCUCUCACACACUCUUUCCUGCUGAAGAAAUAAACCUUAAAAAGUCCCUUUGCAAGAUCCCUUAAUAAUUGUAAGCAUGAAGCUCUUGCUUGACUUAUUUGGCCUUUCUGAUGGCUACCAGGAAUUUACAGCAGUGCAUUCAGUCACAAUCUUUAUUUAUCCUUUCUCUGGCUAAAAGUCUUCAGUUGUAAAUAUAUUUGCAUAAUAUAAAUAUUUGUAUAUACGUCUAAACAUAUAAACAUCAGGCUGAAAUGUAAAUUUUUAAUUAUGCCAACAAUUACAUACUAUCAUACCAUUCUGACAUCUGCUGACCAGACUAGAAAUAAUUGUUUUCUAGGAUUAAAUGCUUACAGGCUGGUUCAUACUGUCCUUUUUUUGCACAUGGUGAUUGUGGUUAUUACAUGAUCUCCUAUUUAGUGGAAGUUUUCACUAUGAGGUGGCUCUUCCCACAUUUUAGUCUUAAGUAUGGGAUCAGCUGUUAAAGGACAGAAAGAUCCCAUGUGUUAAAAGGUCUUGUAUGAGUUGACCCAGAGGGUCUGGUGCUUGUGGUCCACUGGAUACACAUGGCUCAAAUGUUCCUGUAUACUGUGUAUGUUAUUCUUGACAUUCAGAGGAUGUGAGCUGUUAACUUUGAGACAUCAUUUUCUAUAUUUCUUGAAUGUUGAAAAACAAUGUGAUGGUAUUGAGAUACAAGCCUAGCAAGAUUGAGCUGAUGACUUCUAUUUGUGAAUGAGCCAUCACAGGUUAAAUAUCAAAGAAACAACACUUUAAGCUAUCUCCACACAACACAGAGACUGUGACAAAUAUAGUGAUAAGCACACAUGGUAUGAAUUGAUCUUAUGAUAUAAUGACUUGAACAUCUUAAGCUAGCUGCCCAAGACCUUUUGGUCAUUACACUUGGUACAACAGGAGUGCAAAGGGAUUUUGUGUACUUCUUAACAUGCUGUUAUAUCCCAGAAUGAAAUGUUGCAAAUGGUAGAUGAUUAUGACUAGAAUGAUCUUGUAGAGAAACUGCAGAUUAAGAAGAUUAUCUCAGGGUAAAGAAGAAAAGUUACAGUGUUAUUACUAAUCUUCCCUGCUGUGACAUUUCAUGGUUCUGCAUUGCAGCCUGAAGACAUCUCAUAAACUAUAAAUAUUGCAUCAUAGGUAUUAUAUUAGCCAUGGCCAGACUCCCGUUGUUAUUCAAACAGCUGUAAAUACCAGUGCAAUCCUAUACAGUAUACCUGUCUGCUUAGAAGAAAGCUGGUACAGAAUUGUAGCCUAAAUGUCCGAAUUAGUCACAAUCUGAGUUCCAUGCAGCAAAAAAGCUCAUUAGUCUUUCCAUACAUUUCAGUAAAAGAUAUUGCCUGAUCUGUUUGAGUAUCGCUUUAUAAUGAUGUGUUGGUGAACAAGAAAGGCUGACAGGAUUAUUAUGAUCCCAUUUAAUUUAAUUAAUGCGUACAGCUCAUCAUGAAUCAGGCUUGGCUAGUAUAAUUCCAGACUUCCUUUUGGUAGUUUGGUAAGAUAUUUUCUUAAGGGUGUGUGUAUUGUUACAUAAAGCAGAAGAUUCUGGCUGCAAACAAUGGUACUCUCCCCCCCCCCCCCCAAGAAUCCCCAGCUGACUUGUCCCAGUUAUAGUGAGUGCCCAGCCAGGUACCUGAACUAUAUGAGAAAAAGCUUCUACAUCACUUUGCCUUCUUUUCCCAGUAGUGGGAAGUACAAACUCUAAUACUUUUUAUUCCUGCUUAAUAUUGGUGCCCAAAUUCUUACAGGGCACUAAAGCCAAAAACUUCAAGAGUGCCUGAAACGUCCAAAGCCAUAGGAUUCGAGGCCCAAAAGAAGCUGCUCCUUUUGAGCCUGGGGAGUGUUAGUUCUGUGUCAUGUCAGUCACGUGUUUGCUUCAAAAUACUGAGUGUGUAUGAUCAACAUUAAUAUUCCAUGAUGUCACUCUGUAGUUAAAAUCAUUCAGUAAGGGAAGGCGGAUCUGCAGUGGUAUGUUGCUGAUUCAGCAGUGUGCACUUGCAUUCCCCAAUGUUUAAAGCAUUCCCCUCCUACUUGAUGUAAAACUCCUCCAUUAGCUUGAGCCCCAUCUUCCAGUUAGGAGAGCUUCAUUUUACAUAAUACAGAUUUUAGGGCAGAUGCUGGCAAAGGGCAGACAUUUGCUUAGAGGAUUAGAAGCACCCUAUGCAGGACAAGAGAAGUAAAGAGGCAAAGGUUGGUUCUGCACUUCUGCCCUCCACAGCAGUUAGAUGGUAGAUUUCGGCCAUCAUGCAAUGUUUUGGAACAGAAGGGAUCUGAGAUGCCACCAGAAUAUUUUGUAUUUUGGCAAUAUAGGUCUCUUGCCCUCUGUAUAUACUAUUUCCCAAGGGUUUUUUCCCACACUGAAUGUGAGGUGGAGGAUCUGAGUGCAGAUCCCCAGCUAUAGGGACAGACUGAUUUUCCAAUCUCAUAGCUGGAAAUGUUAACACACAUGACAAUCUUGAUGCUGUCUAGAGGAUUGCUCUCCCACUUGAUUUCUCCUAUUUUAAAUUCUAAAAGCAAAAGCUCUUUAAGAGAUUGUGUUUAGGAUUGGGGUACUUGCUCUCCAUUUUGAAACCUGUUUCACUUACUUACCUGUUUGCAAGGGGAUCUGUGUUUAAAUUGCAGGGAGGAAGUUAUUCCACCAGUACAUUUUGCCAAUGCCAAAGUAAUUGUAGCUGAACAUUUCUAGGGCAGUGCAAACCAAUAGCUCCUUGCUUAAGGCUGUCCUUUCUUCAUAUCUAUUUCUAUUUUCUCACUUACUAGAAUGUAUAUUUUGUAUAGCAUGUGAAAUAUGUUUGUCUGUUGUAAUAUACCAUCAUCCAAUAAAGGGAUCCACAGUGAACUAC